AGCUGCUGCAAUCUUGUCCCCUUUGCCUGGCUGUGACACACACACACACACACACACUGACACCCGUCCGAUCCAUGCUCAGACCCCCCCUUCCCCCCCGGACUGGAUGUGACAUGCCCGGCGAUCAGUGACCAGCAGCGGCGGUAGUACCGGCGGCGGGAGCGGGGAUUGUAGAGGAGGGGGGGAGGCACCGGUUGCUAUGGAUUGUACGAGCGGCUCAUGUGGGGGAAGCGAUCACCGACAGAUCGAGGAGAACAAACCCCUCCUGGGGGGGGAGAUGUCCGGUCCGGAGGGGGGGAAGGGAGCCGUGCAGUGCCGGAGGACCAUGCUUCACUUCAAUGGGAUGAGAUACAAGCUUCUCCAGGAGGGGGACAUCCAGGUGUGUGUCAUCCGACACCCCCGCACCUUCCUCAGCAAGAUCCUCACCUCCAAAUUCCUCCGCCGAUGGGAACCCCACCACCUCACCCUACAGGACAGCAGCCUCACCUCCGCUACGCCCACCGGGUACAUGGAGAAUAGCAUGCCAUACAGUUCUAUUGAGGAUGUUCAGCUUCUGUCCUGGGAGAAUGCUCCAAAAUACUGUUUACAGCUAACUUUUCCCGGAGGAACUGUCCUACUCCAGGCUGCAAACAGCUAUCUGAGAGAUCAGUGGUUUCACUCCUUGCAGUGGAAAAAAAAGAUCUAUAAGUACAAAAAAGUUUUGAGUAAUCCAAAUCGCUGGGAAGUGGUACUGAAGGAGAUCAGGACUCUGGUGGACAUGGCGCUGACUUCCCCGCUGCAGGAUGAUUCUAUCUACCAGGCACCACUAGAAAUUGUCUCCAAGCUACUCUCUGAGAAUAGCAAUUUAACCACUCAGGAGCAUGAAAGCAUCAUUGUGGCUAUUGCUCCUCUUUUGGAAAACAACCACCCUCCUCCUGAUCUCUGUGAAUUCUUCUGCAAGCACUGUAGAGAGCGUCCUCGUUCCAUGGUGGUGAUUGAGGUCUUUACUCCAGUCGUACAGAGAAUCCUCAAGCACAACAUGAUGUACUGGAUCUCUUUUACCGGCUUGGAUACCUCUCUCUAUCUGCUGGUGGAGGUUGGAAAACACCUGCAUUUGCAGGAUUUUGGGAAGUGUCCUCGAUUAAGGCUGUUUACUCAGGAGUACAUACUGGCUUUGAAUGAAUUAAACGCAGGAAUGGAAGUGGUGAAGAAAUUCAUACACAGCAUGCAUGGGCCCACUGCAAACUGUCCUCACCCCAGGGUCUUACCAAACCUUGUGGCCGUCUGUCUAGCUGCCAUUUAUUCCUGCUAUGAAGAAUUCAUCAACAGCCGAGACAAUUCGCCAAGCCUCAAAGAAAUCCGUAAUGGCUGCCAGCAGCAGUGCGACCGCAAGCCCAACAUCCCCUUACGGCUUCUUCACACCAAUCCUGACCUGGUUUCCAAAGAGGUCACGUCAGCAGAGUCCCGACACAAGUCCGUCAUCGUCACAUCGAACGAGAUACACGUGGAGGUGGAGCGCAACAAUACAGUGAAUCAGAAGCUGAAAGCAAACACUGGCAACGAUAGUGAACCCAACCUGAUUGACUGUCUUCUCAUCAGCCCAGCCUGCAGCACCAUGAGCAUUGAGCUCAGCCCACAGGCCGAGCGGGUGUUGGGCUGCUACGUGGAAAUCCUAAAGAUGCUGUCCAAUUAUGAUGACUGGAGGCCAGCUCUGGCAAGUUUGCUGCAACCCAUCCCAUUUCCCAAAGAAGCUCUUGCCCAUGAAACAUUUACAAAGGAGCUGAAAUACGUCAUUCAGAGAUUUGCAGAGGACCCCAGGCAAGAGGUUCACUCUUGUCUCUUGAGCGUCAGAGCAGGGAAGGAUGGCUGGUUCCAGCUAUACAGCCCAGGGGGCGUCGCCUGUGAUGACGACGGUGAACUUUUUGCCAGCAUGGUACGUGUCUGCAAUAAUGUUCACAUUUUGAUGGGUUCCUGUUAUAAAACCAAGAAAUUUCUCCUGUCGCUGGCGGAGAAUAAGCUGGGGCCAUGCAUGUUGCUUGCCUUGCGAGGGAACCAGACCAUGGUGGAGAUCCUUUGUCUAAUGCUGGAAUACAACAUCAUAGAAAACAAUGACACACAGCUGCAGAUCAUAUCUACCCUGGAGAGUACAGAUGUAGGAAAGAAAAUGUACGAGCAGCUUUGCGACAGACAGCGGGAACUCAAGGAGCUGCAAAGAAAAGGAGGUCCCACUCGCCUAACACUGCCAUCUAAGUCCACAGAUGCGGAUCUCGCCAGGUUACUGAGCUCUGGCUCUUUCGGAAACCUAGAAAACCUCAGUCUGGCCUUCACCAAUGUAACGAGUGCCUGUGCUGAGCAACUCAUCAAGCUGCCUUCACUCAAACAGCUCAACCUGUGGUCAACUCAGUUUGGAGAUGCUGGGUUGCGGGUUUUAUCUGAACACCUCACUGCGCUGCAAGUUCUCAACCUGUGUGAAACUCCCGUCACAGAUGCUGGGCUGCUGGCACUGAGCUCUAUGAAGAGCCUCUGCAGCUUAAACAUGAACAGCACCAAACUGUCGGCGGACACUUAUGAGGAUCUUAAGGCAAAGCUGCCAAACCUUAAAGAGGUGGAUGUUCGUUACACAGAAGCCUGGUGAUUUUCCACUAUCAACCGAAGGAGGACAUGUUGCCAAGUCUUUUUGGCUAGAUGAGAAACUGUAGAGCAAGAUACUUCUUGGACUACGAUCCAUGUUUUUGAUUUUAGAGGUCAUUUUUAAGUAGGGGGGAUGGACUUAUCCAGCCUGAUACUUACAGCUUCAAGAUUUCAAGAUUAAUCUAACGUAAUUAAAGGAUAACAAGGACUUUGUAGCUGCAAGAAGAUCAUACUGAGGAAUCCUUCUUGGAAUUUUUUUAUUAUUAUUAUUAUUAUUAUUAUUAUGCCUAUAUGUUCAUGCUGAGUGAGGGGAAGAAAUUAAGAAUGUCUAUGUUCUGUAUUUUUAUUUUAUUUUUUUUAAUUUAGAUCGAUUGGAUGGACUCAUUCCGCUUUGACCUUUCACAGCGUAAUGAGAACUCGCAAGUUCAUAAGCGCGACAAGAACGAUUGUCAUCUUUGCACCUUUUUUUUCUUGCCCUUGCAACUGUUCUGCAAAUUCAUAUUGUUGUAAAUAGGAUUUACUUCAUUCACCUAUUUAAAAAAAAAAAAUGGUUCACACUCAGCGGGUCUGGGACCUGCUUUUUAUUUAUAAAAUGUUAAUUUUUUUUGCUGAUAGAACUGUACAAAGUAGUUUGUUGCUGUCUUGUUGACUGUGUUAUUAACGUAUGUGUAUUGUUUUUAUUUUUGCUUUGAUUUAAGAACAGAAAGCUUUCUUGAAUAAAUACCAUGUUCAUGUAUGGUGUAUUUGA